UUGCACCGGAAUAUAUUUGGGUUGCGUGUUUGUAACCACGUACCAUCGACCAAACUUACUUGAAGAAACUUCGCUUGCACGUUGUGAAAUCGCGCGGUCUACGUGAGCACACCCUCAUCUCCAGUUGUGACACAAGGAAAAGGAUAUUUUUGAAUUUCUUAGAAAAUUACGUCAUUGUAUAAGUGAUCUGAUUCAGCGUGACGAAAUUUGCGGAGUGUUAGUUCCGGUUCGUGAUUCUUUAUGAAGAUUCUAUUUGAUCAAAGUCUCUGCAUCUUAAAAUAACUUUAUCCGUGUGAUCAUAAAACACACAAUUGUGUAGAUCGGACCUCUUUUCCAGGUUGAGAAACUUUCUUCUAUCAUUUACAAUGGUCUAAUUUGAUGAUCUGAAAAUAUUUUUCCGCGCAACACUACACGAACCUGCAGUUUUCCAGUUUUCUUGUAGCAGAAAAGUAAAACAAAAUGAAAAUGUUCGAGACACUCCUGGAUUCUAUCCCCAAGAACCGUUCUCUCAUGGUGAACGAGCUGGAGCUUCCCGAAGAUAUUUCCCUGACGUACACAUGGACGGAGCUGGACCGCUUGGAGCGGGAGGAGUCGUUGGCAGCGAGGAGUGACAGCGCACUGUCAGGGGCUGAGUAUGAAGGGCACACGGCCAGUACGCUGUCCAGUGCACCUCUGUCAAGGGCUAUGACGGAUUCGGAGAUUGACUACACGCGGUAUAGACGGCUCAAGAGCAGAAGCUUCAGUGACCCUUGGAACCAAAUGAGGGCUGCCCUAGACGCGUUUCCACCUGGAUAUCUUGCUUCGCUCAACAGUUUCCACAACUCCUCGACCGACAUAUCCGACUUCUCGGAGCAGCUGACCUCAUACGAGCGCGCGCGCCGCUACAACGAGGAGUUGCGGCUGAAGAUGGAGCGGUUCUUCGAGGAAGAGUGCCGGGUGUUCACGCCUGAUGACCCAGGGUUACUAGCACUUGAGGACGAUCUGGAAUCGCUGGAUUUGAAGGCGCUAGAAACGGAUCUAGACAGUAUUGCACCUUGA